UCUGCGGCUUUUUUUUCCGGGCUUCAUGUCAUACCACGGCUAAUUCCACAAAUUCCUGCCCUCCUCUCGCAUCAAACGAGCGGCACCGGGAAGGAGCCUCGGCCGCACAACAGUACAAGAAAACAAAAAAGAAACGAAGAAGAAGAGAAGGGGGGAAGAAAAAAGUUGGCCAACUGUUGCUCCACCUGCCACCAGUGCUUCCCUGCCAACAACGUCACACUGGUGGAUUCCACUCAAGCAGGACCGCACCGUCGAGCCAACCGACCUCUCUUUUCCACCCUCACCUGCCUCGGACUACCUUCCCAACCCUCGAGCAUCCACCCCUUGCUCCGUGGUCCCCUUCCCUUCUUCCCACCACGUCUACGGAGUGGGUGCCGGCUCCCUCCCCCAGGGCUGGGAGCGAGGAGCUGGGGGACGUGCUAGACAAGCCCUUGGAGAACGAUGCGGAGGGCGUGUGGAGCCCCGACAUCGAGCAGAGCUUCCAAGAGGCCCUGGCCAUCUACCCGCCCUGUGGCCGCAGGAAGAUCAUCCUCUCUGAUGAGGGCAAGAUGUACGGACGGAACGAGCUGAUCGCACGCUACAUCAAACUCCGCACUGGAAAAACGCGGACCAGGAAGCAGGUGUCCAGUCACAUCCAGGUUCUAGCACGACGGAAGGCCCGUGAGAUCCAGGUGAAGCUGAAGGACCAAGCCGCCAAAGACAAGGCGCUACAGAGCAUGGCCACCAUGUCUUCGGCCCAGAUCAUCUCGCCCACGGCCUUCCAGAACAAGAUGGCCCUCCAGGGGCUCUCCCGGCCAGGUUACCCCACGACUGGUGGGUUUUGGCACGGGGCUCUUCCAGGACAGCCAGGCGGCCAUGAAGACAUUAAGCCCUUCUCCCAGCAGAGUUACGCCAUGCAAGCGACCGGCCCGGCCCCCAUAACAGGUUAUGAAAGCACUGCAGGGUUGUCCAUGUCACCUGGUGCCCCCCCUUGGCACGGGAGAUGUAUCGCCAGCUCCAAGCUGCGAAUGCUGGAGUUCUCUGCCUUCCUGGAGCAACCUCAGGACCCAGAGACUUUCAACAAACACCUUUUCGUGCACAUCGGUCAGUCCAACCCCAGCUACAGCGAUCCCUACCUGGAGUCGGUGGACGUCAGGCAGAUCUACGAUAAGUUCCCCGAGAAGAAAGGAGGCCUGAAGGAGCUGUUCGACAAGGGGCCGCACAACGCUUUCUUCCUUGUCAAAUUCUGGGCGGACCUGAGUGUGAACCUGCAGGACGACAGCAGCUUCUUCUACGGGGUUUCCAGCCAGUAUGAGAGCUCAGAGAACAUGAUCAUCACCUCGUCCACCAAAGUCUGCUCCUUUGGGAAGCAGGUGGUGGAGAAAGUGGAGACCGAGUACGCCCGCUUCGAGAACGGCCGCUACAUGUACCGGAUCCACCGCUCCCCGCUUUGCGAAUACAUGAUCAACUUCAUCCACAAGCUCAAACACCUGCCCGAGAAGUACAUGAUGAACAGCGUCCUGGAGAACUUCACCAUCCUUCAGGUGGUGUCCAACAGGGACACUCUGGAGACGCUGCUGUGCGUGGCCUACGUGUUCGAGGUGUCUACGAGCGAGCACGGCGCCCAGCAUCACAUCUACCGGCUCAUCAAGGACUGACGUGAGAAUGGGAAAGUCACCGCUCCUCCACACAAAGACGCACACUCCUCGGCGAGCUUUGGGCUUGAACGCGACCCCGCUCGAGGAGUCCAAACGUUUCCCAGGGACGACACUGUACCGACCAGGCUCGGUGUGUUGACAGCGACGGGAAAGGACCAUGAUGCACUGCGGUCUUCACACCAAAGCCUGGCCUUGAAAAAGACCUGCAUGAGAACCUUGUCAUUGGUGGGUUUUUUUUUUUUUUUUUAAUUUUCAAAUAUGAUUCUAAUAGUGCUUGUUUUGCUUUGACUGUGUCAUGCAUGUGUGCAGGAGUUUGGCUGACUCAGGGUGCCACCUACUGACUAAAAGAUAAAUGGCACAUGUUACUGAAAAUGUAGACAGAAAAUUGCACAACCUGUUUUUUUGUUUGUUUUUGUUUUAUUUAGUCCCAGUGCCAAUUGUGUGUGCUAUUUGAAUAAUGAUGUUGUAAACGUGCCACACAUACCAAGAUAUGAAAGUGGCUCAAGACAUGAGCAAUUGUAUUCACUUUGUGUUUGUGUGUUUGCUGUUUUAAUGUAUCCCGUGUUGUCUUAAGACUCCAAACAACAAAAAAGGCACAUAAUAAUUAAUAAUAAUAAUAAUGAUAAUAAUUGCGAUAACACUGCUACCUUGAAGCACAGCACAGUUGGAUCUUUAUGUGGGUUUCAGUGGUUGUCAACUGUUUCAUGUUAUAUGCCCUGAAGUGUCAGA